CCAUGAAAGCAUUGUGUAGGGGCAUUACACGUAACUUAAACACAACGUGUGAGAGACAUUAACACUCUAUCGUGUGUGAAAAGCUAAAUAAUUUUAACCAAAUUUUGAGAUUGAGGCGGUGCAUUUGCUAACUGCCAACCUGUGGCUUACCUUUGAGCCAAAUCCUUUGCCUAUAUAAUUCCCCACUUUGGUACCUAUUCAAUCCAUUUCAAGGCCCUGAUAAAGAUUUUAUUUUCCUUCAAAAGAAAAAGAAAACCAAAAAAUAAAAGAAGAAGAAGAACAGAUAAAAGAUAAAGAUUUUUCUUCUUUCAUAAUCAAUAUGCCUCACAUGAGAAAGCUUGCGUGGGCCAAGUCUCCCUUCUCAAAGCCAGAAAAAUCACGAAAUGAACGUGGUGACAGCUUCAGCAACAAGCUAAAUGUGAAUGAAGAGUACAAGGAAGCUUUCAGGACUAAGUCUUACGAAGAAAUGUGGAGCAAAAUUCAGGGACAGCUAAAAAGAAAAUCAGUUGAUGAAAUUGAGAGACUUCGCUCUUCUUCUUCAUCUCUUCCUUUCUGUAUCCAUCUCUCUGAUUAUCUCUUUGAACCCGAGCAGCAGGAUAACUCAAAAGAAAUGCUAGAAACAAUGAAGUUUCACUGCCUUCUAAUCGACUUUUUUAAAGCCAGCUUGGAAGCAUGUAAUCUUUGCGAUUUGUUGCUUCAUAGCAUUCAGCAAACUCGUGUUAAUUAUCGGAGAAUUGAAAGGGUAAUCAAGCUAAGUAAAAAGGUGCAAGAUUCUCAAGAUUACACGGAUAAAGCAUGUGGGGCUAUGUUUAGGGAACUUACUGCGUUUGCAUUGCUAAGAAAUCCUUUAUCUUUCGCUAGCCCACUGAAUUUUGGAGAUGUUCACGACAACAACCUGAUGUUGCUUCACAGGUUGAAUUCAGAGCAGAGAAAGAUUAGAAAGAAAGUGAAAUUCAAUAGAAUCUGCAAGAAGCUUGGGGGAUAUUGUCUUGUGAUUACACAUACUGCAAUUUUAGCUGCAAUGCUAGUAAUGGCACUUCAUGGGAUCAUAGGCAUUGUGGCAGCGCCAGGGCUUAUCGGCUGUUCGUUAUAUUUUUCCAGAAAGAAAAUCAAGUUUUUUAGUGGUGGUGUAAAGACAAGAUUGCUUGAAAAACUUUGUGCGCAGCUUGAUCUUGCGGCUAAAGGAACCUACAUAUUGUUCAACGACUUGGACACCAUAAGUAGGCUAGUAAGGAGUUUAUACAACGAGAUAGAACAUAAAAAGGCUCUUGCUGAUUUAUGCGUCAGGAGUAAAAAUGCUGAACUGUUAAAGGAGGUCGUAAAAGAAUUUUAUAUGCAUGACUCUUUCUAUGAGGAGCAACUAGAUGAGCUUGAAGAACACAUCUACUUGUGUUUCCAUACCAUAAACAGAUCAAGAAGGCUUGUUAUACAAGAGAUAAUGGUUCAGAAAAAUAAUGCAGAUGAUAAUUAAUCUUUGCUUACGGGCGAAAUUCUUGUAAAGCCGAGAAUAUUGUUAAGGAUAGUUGCAGCAAACAAUGAUGUUGGGCGUUUCAAAGCAAAGUUCAAAAUGGUUGUUGCUUUUGAGCACAACAGUGCUCAUGCUAAUCAUCAGGCAGGAAAAGCUUUGUUCGGUCCUUACUUUCUAGAGUGUCAUUUUCUUUUCAAUCAUUGAUGCCAAAAUCCGGCACCUUUAUGUCCUAGGUCAUUCAAAUUAGUUUUGUACCGAAUCAACAUUCAUUAAAUUUAGGCUCCUUGUAUGUUCCAGAUUUCAAGCAGAUUUUUGGCUUUUCAACAUAAAUUAUUAUGCU